UUGUUCAUCUCUCUUUCUCAGACCAACACAGCUACAACAUAGAUCCCUGAAUCCUAGAGAACUGGAUUUUAUGCCUCUCUUUGCCAUAUGUUUCCUAGAUGAUGCUGAUCAUCUCUAAACCUAAGGGACAGAAGAGGAAUCUUCACUUAAAACUGUCAUACGUACUUCCAACUUUCAAAGGAAAUUACAAGAUGGAGUUAAUCUGAAACAAAGUUCUAAGAUCUAGCCUAUCUGGAUUAUGGCCAGUAGUGGUUCCAGGUCAGGAUCUUCCAGUGGUUUUGCCAUGAAAUCACAGCUUCAGAUCACUAUUAUUUCAGCAAAACUAAAAGAAAAUAAAAAUAAAUGGUUUGGACCAAGUCCUUAUGUAGAAGUCUCAGUAAACGGACAGUCAAAGAAGACAGAAAAAUGCAACAAUACAAACAGUCCGAAGUGGAAACAGCAUCUUACAGUAAUUGUUACACCUAUCAGCAAAUUAAACUUUCGUGUCUGGAGCCAUCAGACAUUGAAGUCUGAUGUUCUUCUGGGGGGUGCUGUCCUGGAUAUACAUGAAACUUUAACGUCCAACAAUAUGAAACUUGAGCAGGUGGUUGUGACAUUGCAGCUUGUCAGUGACAGAGAUCCAGCAGAAGUUAUAGGAGACUUAUCUGUUUGUCUAGAUGGGAUGCAGGUAGAUCCUGAGCUCCUAACUAAUGGUGAUUCUACAAAUCUAAGAAGUCCCACACAGAAUGAUAGCUCCAGAACAAGAAAUGAAACAAGGACUAACACAAAUGGUGUAGAAAGCAGUGAGGAUGUAGGAUCCAGUGAAAACAGGACUGCUAAUGGCAGUGAUUCGCCAUUACUCACAAACGGAAACUGUAAACCUUCCAGGCCUCCCAGGCCUACUAGGCCCCCCCCACCUACCCCACGUAGACCUGCUUCAGUAGUUGCAUGUGUCAGUGGCCCUUCAUCUACAUCCACAGAAAAUGAUGCGUCUAAUACAGGAUCAUUGCCAGGUACAGCUACAAAUACACCUUCAGAACAGAGUCCUGAGGGGGCAACAAGUGAACCAACAGCUCCUGCAGCUUCUGCUUUGAUGACACCUCCAGUAUCCAGACAAGUCCAGCCAGUAAAUCCUACAUCUCAGCCACUCGCUACAGUCAAUCAAGGUCCUCUUCCGCCUGGGUGGGAACAAAGAGUGGACCAGCAUGGUCGGGUGUACUACGUGGAUCAUGUUGAAAAAAGAACAACCUGGGAUCGGCCAGAACCUCUUCCUCCAGGCUGGGAACGACGAGUUGACAACAUGGGAAGAAUUUAUUAUGUUGAUCACUUCACUAGAACAACAACAUGGCAGCGACCCACAUUGGAAUCUGUCCGGAAUUAUGAGCAAUGGCAACUGCAACGCAGUCAGCUUCAAGGAGCUAUGCAACAAUUUAAUCAGAGAUUCAUAUAUGGGAACCAAGACUUUACUUCCACACAGAACAAAGAAUUUGAUCCUCUUGGCCCUCUUCCACCUGGAUGGGAAAAAAGAACUGAUAACAAUGGCAGGGUAUAUUUUGUCAAUCACAACACACGUAUCACACAGUGGGAAGAUCCCAGAAGUCAAGGUCAGUUAAAUGAGAAGCCCUUACCAGAAGGCUGGGAAAUGAGAUUUACGGUAGAUGGCAUUCCAUAUUUUGUGGAUCACAAUAGAAGAACUACAACAUACAUAGAUCCCCGCACUGGAAAGUCUGCUUUAGACAAUGGACCCCAGAUAGCCUAUGUGCGUGACUUCAAGGCAAAGGUCCAAUAUUUCCGAUUUUGGUGUCAGCAACUGGCUAUGCCGCAACACAUAAAGAUUACAGUGAGCAGAAAGACUUUGUUUGAGGAUUCGUUUCAGCAGAUAAUGAGCUUCAGCCCUCAGGAUCUGCGACGACGUUUGUGGGUUAUUUUCCCUGGAGAAGAAGGUUUAGACUACGGAGGUGUUGCAAGGGAAUGGUUCUUCCUGUUGUCUCAUGAAGUGUUGAACCCAAUGUAUUGCCUGUUUGAAUAUGCAGGCAAGGAUAACUACUGUUUACAGAUAAACCCAGCUUCUUACAUAAAUCCAGACCAUCUGAAAUACUUCCGUUUUAUUGGCAGAUUUAUUGCCAUGGCUUUGUUUCACGGGAAAUUCAUUGAUACAGGAUUCUCUCUGCCAUUCUACAAGCGUAUUCUCAACAAGCCAGUGGGACUCAAGGAUUUGGAAUCUGUUGAUCCAGAGUUUUACAAUUCCCUCAUCUGGGUAAAAGAAAACAAUAUAGAAGAAUGUGGCUUGGAAAUGUACUUCUCUGUUGAUAAAGAAAUUCUUGGUGAAAUCAAGAGCCAUGAUUUGAAACAAGGUGGUAGCAACAUUCUGGUCACAGAGGAAAAUAAAGAAGAAUAUAUUAGACUAGUAGCAGAAUGGAGACUUUCCCGAGGUGUUGAAGAACAGACGCAAGCUUUCUUUGAAGGCUUCAAUGAAAUUCUUCCACAACAGUACUUGCAGUACUUUGAUGCUAAGGAGCUAGAGGUGCUUUUAUGUGGAAUGCAAGAGAUUGACUUGAAUGACUGGCAAAGACAUACCAUCUACCGGCAUUACACCAGGACAAGCAGGCAGAUUGUGUGGUUUUGGCAGUUUGUAAAAGAAAUUGACAAUGAGAAGAGAAUGAGGCUAUUGCAGUUUGUUACUGGCACGUGCAGAUUACCAGUUGGAGGAUUUGCUGACCUCAUGGGGAGCAAUGGACCCCAAAAGUUCUGCGUUGAAAAAGUUGGAAAAGAAAACUGGUUACCUAGAAGUCAUACUUGUUUCAACCGCUUGGAUCUGCCACCUUAUAAGAGUUAUGAGCAGAUGAAAGAAAAAUUAUUGUUUGCAAUUGAAGAAACAGAAGGUUUUGGGCAAGAGUAACCACCUGUGUGAAUUUGCACCUUGAAGAAUGCUAUUUCAAUGUGCGAUUUGCAUUCUUCACAUCCUCUGCUUGUUGCACACCUCAUUGUAAAGUAGAUUUGACCUGGAUUUAUUUAAACAAUUACUCAUGUGUAAGUAAAUGGAUGUUUUCUCAGAUUUUAUCCCCAUUACUUCUGGAUUUCCACUGGGCACUUCCAGAAAUCAAACCUGCAAAUGAUACAGCUGCAAAUGAAAUCUGACCUAACUAGAGAUUUAAAACAGCUCUGAGCACUGCUUUAUUUCGUGGUCCAUUAAUUAGAAUGCAUCCUUUAUGACAGUUUUUUAAAACUAGUCUGUCUUUCCUUUUGAGUAGCAUUUUUUGCUACUGAGGCACUGGGAAGUCUGUUGGUAGCUGCAAUGCUACAGCAUUCUCAUAAGCCUCUUUACAGCAGUGUUAUUAGAGCCAGCUUGUAAUUAGCCUCUGGGUACUUACUUUAAGCAGAUUCCAUUACUUAUGCUCGUUUCUAGUUCAAGAUUGGCAUGACUGUUUUUCCCAUGCUGGAGUUUACUCACAUCAGAUUUGAUUCAAACCAUUGUUAAGAGGAUGUAGAACUAUGGCACAAGUCUAUGGCAUAUCUUUUUUUGUUCUUAAAAUAUCCUAUUCUAGCAUAUUUUUAUGCCUGCCAGAGUUUAUUGGUACAUUUUGUGUGCCCUCUCCUAUCUCAGAACAAUUUUAAUCCUUUUCUGUGUAAUACAUGCAUAUGCAGGCAUGCACACACAACUUCAUGUGCAACAUUAACACUGUGGUACUUUAACACACAUCUUGCAAAACACAGGACCACCUGGGAUUGCAAGGAAAUGCACUGAUUAGAGUCCUAUUAAUAGAUUGCUGUUUCCUGUCAAAUUGUAUUAAUGGGUAGUAGACUUGAUGUUACUGUUAAGUUUUGCAAUCAUAUGGUUUCUUGUAAGGUUUUAUCUGGUGUCAGGAAAAAGUAUAGCAGUUCAGCUGGAUUCUAAAAUGUGGCUAUAAAACAGCCUCAAAUUUCUGUCAUUUAACGUUUUGGUGGAAAAAUGACAUGCAAUACUUGGCUUACAGACUGUCACAAUUUAGACAGUUUUGGCCCCGAUUAGACUUCUGUAUGUUCCUGUAUCCAGAAAUUCAACAAUUCUCAAGACAUUCAAACUAACUUCAGGCUAACUCAUCCCUGAGUUGCCUUUAAAUAGUAACUAUCCUAGUGUUUACUUACUCUGAUUUGGACUGAUGCAUCUUUCACUUCCAUUUAUAUUUCACUAGUAUUUAAAUUAUUUGAAUUGUCUGGCAUUUUACAUUGUAUUUCCCCUUUUGGAAAGAAUGCACUUUCUGGGUAUGGUAAACUUUCUCCUUUGUCUUUCCCUCCUUUCGGAUUAUUAAAUUCCAAUAGGAUCUAUAGAAAGAGAGAUGGCACUUGAAAUGGCAAUAGUGCAUGCUAAUGAAUAUCUUGCAGUGUAAGACUAGCAAUAGAAGCCAUUUGAGAAGCUUCUAAUAUUAGAGCUGGAACUGGACAAAUGAAGAACUGUAAGUCUGAACUUCCAUCUUGGGAGAAAAUGUUACCUUCCUGUUAUCCCUGCCAUCUAAACCCCAAGAAGGAAAGGUUGAUCCAGGGCUAGAGAGAGCCAGAACACUAACAUUUUAUAACUUGAUUUACUGUGAGGUUUCUCUGUCCCAGAUCAUGUAAAGGGAUCAGUUCUCCCUCAGUGUGUGCUUGUAAGGGAGAAUACUUAGAUCCCUGAGUGUUUUACCUAAGAAAUGUAUGUAAAAGAAUUGUUGAUUUUACAGAAAUGACCCACUUCUAUCAUUUUAUUGGUGGGUGACAAAAGAUCUGACUUCAUUGUUUUACCUGGAGGUACAUUGGCCAACAACCAAAACAUCUGAUGGCUAUUUUGCAACGUAUGUCUUAUGUAGAAAGAAAAAAAUGCCUUAUAAAUAUUUUUCUGUUGAUAAUUGUUUUAAUGAAGUUACUUUCUGUUGAUAAUUCUUAAAAUGAAGUCUAGUUAUCUUAACAUAUUUACAGGAGAGAUAAAAUUAAAUUAAUAAAAAUAAUGCAAGAUUAAGCUAUGGAAUAUAGUUUAUGUUCUAUAUAAAGUUUCAUGAUUCAUGUAGGGACCUAGAAAUAUUGUUAAUGUACAAAUAUCACCCAAAAGGCUUUCUGCCCUAUAUUUUUUAAAUAAAGAAUAGUUAUAAUUGAAAUAGCCAUAGCCCUAGUUCUAUAGGGUGCGGCUGUUAAAUAUUUUUAUGGUUGAAAUGUUUAGUUCAGAAAAAAGGUAAAUGCUUGUAUAUAUUUUUGCAAUCUGGGAUUCCACUUAUUCCAUUUCUUCCUUUAAUUUAAAUGGCAUGUUUAUAUGUCUUCACUGCUGUAUUAGAGUGGGGGAAAAGGGGGCUGGAUAUCCCAAGCACCAGAAGUCAUGUGCAAAUAUAAAAUACUUUACUGACAAAUAAAUUUGUAAAGUGAAAUAUUGAACUUUGGCCAGAAUGUUAACAUUUAAAAAUAAGUUUAUUCUAAAUGUUAAAUUAGCAAUAUUUCUGAAAUCCAAAUUAAAAAUUGCUUUUAAAACACAUUUUGCUUUGUAAGCAUUGUCAAUGCUAACAUCUGUUAAUUUUUUACAGCAUGUUAUGUUGAAAUAAAAAGGAAAUAAUAUGAGUAAUUGGUGCACUCUUCUGCUCUUUGUGGGGGACUGGGGGAGACGGGAAUAAACCCACAAAGUGGUGUGCCAGGUGAUAAGCCAUACUGACUUUGGACUCCCAGUACAAUUUUCAGCAGAGAUUCUUGAAUAUGUAUCUGAAUUUCUUAAGAUGAAUUAGCAGCCUGUGAUCUGAUAUUCUAUUCUGCCUCUGGUGUGUUCAGGAAUACCAACUGAUCCAAUCGGAAAAGGCCUUAUUUUUUUAGUCGCUCAGGAAAUAUUAAAAUAUUAAUGAAAUGUGCAGUAAAUAAGUCAUUACUUUAAAUUUGCUUCAGUAUGAAGUUUUAUAUAUUUUUAAUGUAUCCAUUUGCUUCUGUAAAAAAAAUAAAUUAAAUUUGUGAGCAAUUUACUGAUAUUUUUAUUAUACUGAAAAUUAAACUGGUAUUCCUCCCUCCUGUUUCAAUUCAUGUUUUUCCUACUUCCUACACUGGAUUUGUAAUUUAAAUUCCAUCCACCAUAUUGGUAUCUCCAGCCCCUUUUAUAUGGUGUCUCUUCAUUUUCUUUCAGAACCUUAGUUUAUGUAUAUGUGCUCUAGUGAACUAAUAAAUGAACUGGGAUCAGCAGCACUGGAUUGUAAAAUACUGUACUGAAAUUCUAUUGUUGAAUUUUCCUUGAACUGUAAUUUGAAAUACUCAGGUAACUGUAACAGUAUCUCAGUAAGUCAGAUACUUUUAUAAAAGUACUUAAAGA